GACAGCCUUGCUCUAAGUUUGUACGAGCUUGCCUGGAUUGCGUGAGCAUCAUCGAUCAAUGGAUGUUCGGCCCUUCCGUGCGGUAUCGGCGGAGUUCCGGGUACAUCGACAGGGCGGCGUCCCGCUGCUGCAUCUUGCAGCCCAACGCUGGGUACUUCUGCAGAAAUGCGCUGUUCUGCGACCAGAGCGGCUUUCGUCCUGUCGGCCCGCAGUGGUCUACGGGUGGGUCGCACACGGCUUCUGUUACCUCGGCUUCGCUAGACGCGAUCGCCAACGCCAAUGUCAAGCAA